AUGGAGAAUUUCAAGCGAGUGUGUGAUGUUACCACUGACGCUAAUUUACAUUUAGUGAAGUAUAAGUCGUCAAGAACAGGCAUAACAGUGUUUACUGCGAAGUAUGGUGGACCAUUGGUCACUGGGCAUCUCUGUUUCGCCACUGAAGCACAGGACGACGACGGCCUUCCGCACACACUGGAGCACUUAGUGUUUAUGGGCAGCGAAGAUUAUCCCUAUAAGGGCGUGCUUGACCAGAUAGCGAACAGAUGCCUGGCGUCAGGGACAAACGCGUGGACAGACAUCGACCAUACCUGUUAUACAAUGACGACAGCUGGUGCACAGGGGUUCCUUAAGCUUUUGCCAAUUUACAUGGAUCACGUGUUGUAUCCGAUUCUUACGGAAGCGGCGUAUAUCACAGAGGUCCACCAUAUCAACGGAGAAGGAGAAAAUGCUGGAGUGGUAUUCUGCGAAAUGCAGGCCAGGGAGAACACAGCGGACAGCCGAUGCAUGUUACAUUUGCUUCGUGUGAUGUUCCCAGAAGGCUGUGGCUACCAUUACGAAACAGGAGGCCUACUUAAACAGCUGCGUGGGAGCACCACCAAUAAAAAGGUUCGAACGUAUCACCGAGCCUUCUAUCGCCCAGAAAACCUCUGCAUCGUAGUUACUGGCAACGUGACGGCGACUGAACUGUUCACGGCUAUAGAACCUAUGGAACUGAAGAUUAUCCGCAAGGGAUCCAGGACCCCAUUCAUUCGACCCUGGCAAGAUACAGUUCCUCCGCUUGCUGCGGGGGUGGACAUGGUUGUGAAAUAUCCGUCCGAUAUUGUAGGACACGGCGUUGUCUACGUUGCAUUCAGGGGCCCUAUGGUACAGAAUUUACAAGACAUUGCUGCCUUGAUUAUCCUCCAAGAUUACUUGACGAGUUCAUCUGUGUCUCCACUGCGGAAAUACCUGGUUGAGGCGAAAGACCCUUUGUGUACAGCGAUAACAGCACGCUUCAUCGAAAGUUCGCGAACGUGUUUCUACUUCAUCUUCGAAAACGCAGAGAAAAGCAGACUAUUUCACGUGAAGGACAUAAUGAUGAAGAUUGUAACAGGUCUGGCAAGCGAUCAUUCGCAUUUGAACAUGGAGCGCAUCGCCGCCGUAAUUCAGAAGCGAAAGUUGCGUAUCCUGAACCAGAUGGAAACCAUACCUCAUGAAACUAUCGCCAGCAACAUCAUUGGCGACUUUCUUUAUGGUCACACGGUAGCAGAUUUGAAGAAGCGGAUGUGUCAAGUCCCUAUAUUCAUGUCGCUGCUGUCGCGGGACGAAAAAUUUUGGACGUGUUUGCUUGAGAAGUACAUUAUAAACAACAGCGUUGUUUGCGUCCUUGGUGUACCAAGUCCUGCACUGCUGAGCAGGCUGGCGAAGAAGGACGGUCAACGCACUCAAUACCAACGUGAAUUUCUUCAAGAAAACGGCUUGAAGAGGAAAGCUACGCAACUGGAGAAAGCCAUUGCAGCACACAAGAAGACGCCACCCAAGGAGCUCCUUCAGUCGGUGAAGAUACCUUCGCUUUCUUGCAUCAGCUAUCAUUAUAUAAGACGUUCAUGCAGCGACACGAAUCCUAGCGUAUUCAGGGACUUCGAUCUCCGAGAUAUGCCCUAUCGUUUUGAGCUUGACCACGUGGACAGCAGCUUUGUCUCGCUAGCAGUAAUAAUGGACAGCAGCAACUUGCCUCGAGAACUCCGCUUAUAUCUUCCACUCUUCUUGGAGCUCUUGCUACAGUCCGCGGUUUCAACGAAAUCAGGAAGCGUGUCACAUGACGUGGUGGCGCAACGCAUCGAAGCAGACUUACUGCACAUUGCAACAACCUUGGGUUUUGAAAAUGGACAUAGAUUUUUCUGUGGGUCGCAUUCUCACUGCGCAACACUUUCUCUAUUGUUGGAUAUGGACAAGUACUGUACGGCGGUGCAAUGGAUUAAUGACUUGCUCACUGGCGUCAUCUUUGACACAAACCGAAUCGUGGUGGUUGCAAACAAGAUGCUCAGGGACGCCGUCAAAAGGAAGAAGAUUGGUCCCAAGAUUGUCAGCACCAUGAUUCGCGUGCUAUGCUUCCCUCCAAACAGCAAUCAGUCAACCUCCUCAAUUUUACAGCAGCAAUUUUUUCUGCAGUCUGUGCUGAAAGACCUAAGUGUUAACCCUCACAAGGUUGUUUCUGACUUGGAGGCACUACGUUGUACGCUUGUCUCUCCAGAGAAAAUCACAAUUCAUAUGUCGGCAAAUGUUUACCGUCUUGCAAAGAUGGGAGACGUCAAGGCACCGUGGAAAUCAUGCCUGAUCACUGAAAAUAGACGUACCACGAUAAGAAAAGAGGAAGUGCAGUGUAAUUCUCCCCUACUUGGCGAUGACAGACGUUACCCCAGAGGCGUGAUCACUGCCGUUGGUAGCGUUGACACUGCCUUCCUCAUGCUGUGCACGCCAAGCAUCACGUCUUACGCGGGACCAGACUUGCCGCCUUUACUCGUGGCAAUACAGUACCUGGUACAGUUAGAGGGCCCAUUGUGGCGUAAAAUCAGAGGACAAGGUUUAGCUUACGCAGUUGAUAUGUUUCUGAAGCCUUGCGACGGCCUCCUGUAUUUCGUCGUUUCCAGGGCUACAUUAGUUGCUUCCUCCUAUAAAGAAGCGAUGAAUAUUGUCGAACUCCACACAAACGGGCGCCAAGUCUGGGACGACAUUAUGCUGGAAUCCAGCAAAAGCAGUCUCAUAUUCGAAGAGAUCAAGAAAGGAAAGUCCAUCAAUGACGUUGUCCUGCAGUCUAUAUUGGCAUACCGCAGAAACGUUAAUAUGGACUAUACACGUACUUUGGUGAAGAAAAUUUCACUUGUCAAGCUGGAGGAUGUGAUACGUGUCAGCAAGACAUACCUGCCACAGCUAUUUGAUCCGUUGAAAUCCAAAUUAGCGAUUUGCUGCCAUCCUGCGAAGGUGGAAGAAACUGUUGCACGUUUUGCCGAGAUGUCCAGGCAUUUGACUAUAGUGUCUUCCCCCGAGGACGAGAGGCUCCUUGCAAACCUCAAAUGAUAGGGUUGCAGGAAGAUGCGAGUGCUCCAUAGGAAUGUCACAUAACCUGUUCGAAUCGUACAUUACUGAAAUUGGAAUGUUAUUGUUAAUUGCAUAUAUGCAUCUGCUUAAAUUUGCAGUAGCAAGCACUAGACUGCACAAUGAAUUUGGCCGUUUGCGAAUGAAUAAAGCAUUCUUUAUUUUUUA